AUGCUUUCCAAGGAACUUGCUGCUGUGCUCUCUGCCCGCCCCACGUUGACAAGACUCGUUGCCCCAGCUUCAAAUUCUCCAAAUGUCCCGUCACUCAAACCUGCCGCAGUUCUGCCCGCUCGUUUGUCCAUUCCGCAAGGAUAUGCGGUUGGUAUGAGCAUGGCGCGAUCAACCACGCGAGCGUCUGCUACUCGGGCAAGCCGUUCCCUUCAUACCUCAAGCCGCAAAGACGCCACACCCGGCCCGACGGCGGCUACAGAAAGCUCUUUAUCAGGUAUAACCAGUGUUCUAGAGUCGGGACCCCGAGCGCGCCGCCAGGAGGCCGCCUCUCUAGAUCCAGAGUCAGACGAGGAGGUGCCAGUCAAUGUCGAAGAGGUCCAGGAAGCCCUGUCGCGACCUCCUCCGGUCAAUAGCGAUUACCUUCCAUUGCCAUGGAAAGGCCGGCUAGGCUACGCCUGUCUUUGUACGUACUUGCGAUAUGCCAAUCCGCCCGUUUUCAGUUCCCGAACCUGCCGGAUAGCAUCCAUACUUGAGCAUCGGCAUCCCUUACAAAACCCCUCGCAACCUUUCCAUCCGACCAAGAACCGCCCGGAUCGAACCCAGCCAGUCGAUAUUGCGCGAGGACAAGCAUACGUCGAGGCGCUGGGCUUAGCGAAUGCACGAGAUAUUGUGAAAAUGUUGCGGUGGAAUGAUCGAUACGGAAUCAAGUUCUUGCGGCUCAGCAGUGAAAUGUUCCCAUUUGCCAGCCAUGAGAUAUACGGGUACAAAUUGGCACCAUUCGUUUCGGAGGUUUUGGCGGAAGCUGGACGAGUUGCAGCGGAGCUUGGGCAUCGUCUGACCAUGCACCCCGGACAAUUUACUCAGUUAGGAUCUCCCCGGAAAGAAGUCAUUGAGAGCUCUAUUAGGGAUCUUGAAUUUCACUCGGAGUUGCUGCAAUUGCUCAAGCUACCACCACAGCAGAAUCGUGACGCUGUCAUGAUUCUCCAUAUGGGUGGCGUAUUUGGUGAUAAAGCUGCAACCUUGGAUAGGUUUCGUGAAAAUUACAAAGGCCUAUCUCAAGAUAUAAAGAACCGGCUAGUUCUCGAGAAUGACGAUGUUAGUUGGUCUGUUCACGAUCUAUUGCCUAUAUGUGAAGAAUUGAACAUUCCGCUCGUUCUCGACUUCCACCAUCAUAACAUCAUAUUUGAUUCCGACAAGGUUCGUGAAGGUACGCUCGAUAUUAUGCAACUAUAUGACCGGAUCCGUGCGACGUGGACACGGAAGAACAUUACGCAGAAAAUGCAUUAUUCGGAACCAGAGCCGCAGGCUAUUACACCUCGCCAGCGUCGCAAGCAUAACCCUCGGGUCUUCACACUUCCCCCAUGCGAUCCCACAAUGGAUCUGAUGAUCGAAGCGAAGGAUAAGGAGCAGGCAGUUUUUGAGCUGAUGCGAAAGUAUGAACUGCCUGGCCACGAACGCAUUGGUGAGCUUAUACCACACGUCCGCGAAGACGAGAACAAGCCUUGGAAGUCACCGAAAAAGACGAAAAAGUCUGGUGAUUAUAUAGACUUGUCGCAAUUAACUCCGCCACCACUGAGUAUUCCACCUGAAGAAGUCAGCAUGGGCGGCGCGGAGGGUCGUGUAUAUUGGCCGCCAGGGCACGAGGAAUGGUUGCGACCUAAGAAGCGCGUAAUUUCGCGAAAACCCACUGGAACUGCUGUUGCCGAUGAUACAAGUAACGAAACAGCAGAAGCAAGUCCCGCCAAAGCAUCUCCCAACAAGUCGAAGCGUGGCAAAGCAGCAAAGAAGUCGUCCCAGGCAAAAGGAACGCUGCAGCUUCCCUCGGACCCACUCGGUGUAUACCAAACGUCACUCCUUAAACUCCCCGGGUUGACCAGGCAGAAUCUACAUCGACAACGACAGCCUCACGGAGCCUACUUGAAUCGAGGAAAUUUAUUUCUUCCUAUUGAGUUUCCCGUCGAUUUCACUCGGGAAACUUUCACGAAAAACAAAUCAUUAUCUAAAACGAACCUCUUACAAGAAAUCCUGGCGCACAAACCCCCAUUUCUCGGCCGUUGGCGAAGAACAGCCUCCUCAAUCUUCCCACGGAAAACCUCAACUUCCCCACGACCAUCAUCAUUAUCGCUGCUUCGAUCGUCCUGGCGCCGCACUAAAUACAACAGAGGAGCCAAGCACAGCUACACCUCUCGCAUCCUUCGCGCUCUAUCCUUUCCACGAACCCGUCUGCGCCUACGGGACCGACUCUGGACAUUUCGACACGAAACCCUCUCGUAUUUCCGGCAUCGAGCACAAGCGCGUCUUUACCGGGCUAUUGUCAAACGGCAGGAGAGGCUUCGGCUUCUGAGGAGGGGGGCGUCCUUAAGCCGUCGUGUCGGUGGUGUUGGUGGUGGUGGCAGCAGCAGAAGCAGUGGUAUCUUGUCGCUUCUGCGGGCGCUGAAUUGGAAGCGGAGGGCAGGCCUUCUUUCUCCGCCGACGCCAACGCCAUCAGGGCACACGCAGUCACGCUUUAAGAAUGCAGGUAGGGGGAUCCGUAGAAGCACAAUGUCACGAUCAGGCUAUGGCUCGGAGGGAUACAGAGAUGGAUGGGGCAACGAAUACUCUGGCCGAGAGAAUGGCUCGCGCCGGCAGAAGAUGCUGGGCUAUCUGAAGGCUGCAAAUGAGAUUCGUCAGAACUAUCAGGCACAGAUUUCUCAGAAAAUGCAGGAUUCGUACGGUGACAGAGGCGUCGAUGCCCCCGGAGCAUUCCCGGAUUAUGAUAUGACGACUUCCGGGGAAGAAGAAAUGCUGCUUUUUCCUAGUUAUGCGAGGAGGCAUGUGAAAAGGAAUAGAAAAGAUAGACCUACACCGGACCAACCAUUACCUGGUACAGAGGAAGAUAUCGAGCGACCAAGGAGUCCUGGUGAUGCCGAAUAUUGGCGAGAAGAGUGGGAGAAAUACGAGGAUAGCAAGGCAAUCGUGGAUGUUGACGUGCGAGGAUGGCUAUAUACGCCUCAACGUGGACCUAUGAAUCGAAAGCAACGGCUUAUGGUGGCGCUGGCAAGGAAAUUGAGUGAUAUUCCACCCCCAACAGUGCCCGCUAAUCAUCCCGUGCAACGACAUGUUGCUAAACGGGAAGAGGAAGAUGCUAGACGGGAGGCACAAUUGCUUAUCGACAAAGGCGAACAAGAUGCAGACGUAGUUUGGAGAAGCAAUCAUGCAGAGAAUGCGGACAGCGAUUCAGAUCUGCCUAAAAGGGUAACGCGAGCAUCGACAGACACAUCACUGGGCAAGAGUGACGUUUCAGGUCCCAAUGCGAAUCUAAUGGAAAGGCUGAAGCCGUUCAUGAGUAAUCCGUCUAUUGAGAGUCCCGUGACGGUAUUUUUCUACAAUGACCAGCAAAGCCAGUCGAGGACUACAAUCACAAAUGAUUCUGGACAUUUCAAUAUCAGAGCGGCUCUUGAAUUUGUGCCGACGCAUGUUCGAGUACUAGCUUCUGAAUCACUGUCUACCACGGAAGAGGUGAAAAUUCUUGAGCCAGCCGGUGUAAGCUUGAUUAGUGACAUUGAUGACACGAUCAAACAUUCCGCCAUUGCGAGUGGAGCGAAAGAGGUGUUUUGGAACACAUUCAUCCGUGAUUUCGAUGAUCUGACAAUUGACGGCGUCAGAGAAUGGUAUAACAAACUGGCUGACAAGGGGGUGAAUAUACACUAUGUAUCAAAUGCUCCCUGGCAGCUCUAUCCACAGUUGAAAGUCUACUUCAAACUGGCUGGCCUGCCACCCGGCUCUUUCCACUUGAAGCAGUACAGUGGAAUGUUGCAGGGGAUUUUCGAGCCUACUGCAGAGCGUAAAAGAGUCUCCUUGGAAAGGAUUAUGCGGGAUUUUCCCGAACGCAAGUUUAUCCUUGUAGGUGACAGCGGUGAGGCGGAUCUUGAGGUGUACACGGAGCUGGCCCAACAGAACCCGGGCAAAAUUCUCGGCGUCUUCAUUCGCGACGUGACUACAACUGAAAAAAAGGAAUUCUUUGAUCAUUCGUUUGGCCAGAGACGACCUGGUUUUACCAAGACAGCCCCAUCUUCUUUCAAAGAUAGCACCGAUAGCAUUGAGAAUAGACCGCCACUACCGCCCAGGAGGCCUUCGUCAGCAAAAACCAUAAACAACGGCGAUCUGAUGAUAUUUGAUGACAGUUCUCCUAGCGACCAUGGGCGAGAUUUACCAGAUAAGCCUGUCAUGAAAGUAAGCCCCCCAACGAAGCCCUCCAAACCUCCCGGUCUGCGAACAGCAACUACAUUGCCCGCAUCACGACCAACACCCAUUCGGCGCAAGCCAGUCCCGCCUCUUCCAAGCAAACCAUCGAGUUUAUCAUCUACUCCAAAUGAUUCAGCGAACGAAACAGAAAAGAAGCCGCCGUUGCCGCAGCGCAAGCCAGCACCGCAACAACAGCAGCAACAGAACGACACUUAUACCGAGGCAGUCAAGAACUUGGCCAUGGACGUGUACAACAACAUACCAUCGACCAAAGACACACUAAAUUCACUAAGCAAUCUCUCGCUCAAAAACGAUUCAACGUCUGGCCGCCAGGAAUCGUCAACAUCAACAAAACGCGGUGUACCACCACCCAUUCCCCCAGCACGUCGUACCGCAAACUCUGCAUCUCCAUCUACACUUGAUGAGAGGAACAGUACCCCUCCUCCGCCUCCACCUCCACCUAGAAAUCUAUCUCGACAGACCACACUAUCUUCCCUAGGGAGUAGUAGCACGCCAACAAAACAGAGCACUUAUAACAACAAUAACAACUCAUACUACGACCAUUAUCCAGAUCAACCACCGCCAUCUUCGCAACCAGCGCCCAACAAGCGCGAGGAAUUAUGGAAACGACGCUGGGAACGCGCAGAACAGAUCCUGUCCGACAAGGGAGUCAUACUUGGUAGUUGGAAAGUGGGAAGUGAUGUACAAGACAUCACUUUGUGGAUUGUGGAGAGUGCCAUGAAGGAUGCUGCGAAGAAGAACGGCGGUACUACAGGACAUCUUGUUGAUGAUAAAUAA